GAGCAGACCAGCGGAGCAGACAGGACCCAGGCUCAGGAGGCAGCAGCAGCAGCAUCCGCAGCAGCAGCAGCAGCACCGCCACAAAGGGACUCUCCGCUCCUCCUCUCUCCAGGGUUUGAGAUGCUCCGGCUCGGCGGCAGGAUGUGUGGCUUCUCGGCCCUGCUCUCGGUGCUUCUUGCUGGGCUCGUGGCGGCAUCCUCGGAUCUCUUUGACAACCAACUGGGCGACAUCAAUUACUGCAAAAAACAAUGCCAGCUUACCAUCAAAAACAAAAGCCCUGCUAAAGACUCCAUAAUGAACGCCUGUCACCGUGGCUGUCGCCUCUACUCCAUCUGCCAGUUUGUCAAUGGCAACGCCGGCUUCAAUACCAGCAGGGAGGAGUGUCAGGGAGCCUGCCAGGAGGCAUAUAUUAAGCUGCUGGAGCAGGAGGCCUGCAGCACUGGCUGUGCCAGCCAACCCUCUGAACCUGAGAUCAAGAGGAGGAAGCUGAGGGCCAUGACUCUCCGCCCAAAGCCCCCCUCUGUGAUGGAGGCCGUGUCCAGUUGGUGCAACGAAAUCGUCAGUUCUGCUCAGAGCUUCAUCUCCUCCACCUGGACUUUCUACCUGCAGGCUGAUGAUGGCAAGGUUGUGGUUUUCCAGAGCCAGCCAGAGAUGGAGUACUCUCUGCCUGAGCUGCAGGCUCCUCGAUCCAACGUGGCAGACAAACCCUGGCCUCAGGUCCACUCUCACACCCAGAGGCCUCAUGGUGUGAGGGGACAUGGAGAGAAGGGAUCAUCCAAAGCAGGAGGCAAAGGGAAGCACCCUGUCCAGCACGCAGACGACCCCACGGCUGAGCACGACUUCCUUGGCUGCAUGUCAAGACGUUCAGGUCUUCCGCGGUGGAUUUUAGCGGCCUGUCUCUUCCUGUCCAUCAUGGUCAUGUUGUGGCUCAGCUGUGCCAGCCUCGUCACCGCACCAGAGCAGCACAUCAAGACACAGCUGAGUAUCAAUGGAGAUAAAGAGUUUUUGGACAAUGCCCACAAAGUCAACCCGUAUCACCUGAGUCCUGUGAUCGCUGUCGCUGUGAAACAAUCAGAGGAGACCCAGGAGGCGGGGCCGCUGCCUGUGAAAGUUGACCUCAACAAAACAUGUGUUUAGAAAGGACCAAUGAGAGAGCUGCUGUCUUGUUUCCCACAGGGUAACCAUGUCUAAAAAUCUGUGGCUCCUCAGCAGAAUUUUUAAAAACAAAUUUUUAAGAGCAUGGCACCCUCUCUUCUUUUGAAACGAUCUUACUGUAACAUCUAGCCUGUGUUGAUCAGACAGGGUUUUCAGUUAGCCGCGCCUGUCAUUUCAUUUCCUUGUACAGUCCAAGUAUGUCCAUCCUCAAAUUAUCCUGAGUGAUCAGCCUGCUCAUUGCUUAUUGAUAAGACGGCACUCUUCCCUCAGAGCCACGCUGGAGACAAGCAAAGAGGAUGAUUAUGGCUGAGAGCUUUCAUAUCAUUUUUCAUGUCUAGUGUGGACAAGAGGAGACAAAUGCUAAGAUUAAUUUUAGAUUUAAUUUUCCUCGUUCUCACAGGGAGUUUGGCUGAAUUAAUGGCUGGCUUAGAGCAAAGAAAAGGAGUUUCAAAAAGAGAGUGUGAGAGAGAGAGAGAGAGAGAGAGAGAGAGGGAAGAUGAAUUACAGGUGAGCAGUCCUGUGAGUGCUGCAGAAAACAGAUACUGUUGCUCAGUUGAUGGUCGGUUUACAUAAUCAGCAUUGUGAACUGUUCAGUAAUGUCGUCUGAAAAUUGAAAACCGUGUUUUGCACCUCACAGAGCGGAAAACACGUUUUUGGUGAGCAACUCAUUCUCACCAAGUUCAGACAAACGAAGACAUACUUACUCAAAAAACUAAAAUGGCAUUUUUUGUCACCUUGUUCCUCUUUGUGUGUGUGUGUGUGUGUGUGUGUGUGUGUGUGUGUCUGUCUGUCUGUCUGUCUGUCUGUCUGUCUGUCUGUCUGUCUGUCUGUCUGUGUGUGUGUCUGUCUGUCUUUGGAAGUGUCUGAGUAUAUGUGCAACUACAAACAGUGCACAUUCAUUUAUGAAUAACACAUUCAGAAGUGGAACUGGAUUCAAACUGGACGCUCUGUCUGAGAAUGAGCAAACGUGACACGUUUAUUUAUUUUCCUCUAUUUAUUCAGAAUCAUCGACAAGGGUCAUCUGAUAAAUAGUGUUAUUGAAGUGCCAUGUACAGUUAUUUCAUCAUACAAAUGUAAUUUCUCUGUAUGUAAAAUAUACUGUAACACAGACCGGAAAGAGACACAUAGAGAAGGAAGUUCGCACCUAUUAUUGUAUUAUUAUUAUUAUUAUUAUUAUUAUUAUUAUUAUUCUAUGAUUAUUAUUAUUAUUAUUAUUAUUAUUAUUAUUAUUAUUAUUAUUCUAUGAUUAUUAUUAUUAUUAUUAUUAUUAUUAUCAUAUUAUUGCUCUUAUAUCACUUAAAGAGUUCUUAGCUGUUAUAUGUGCCAUGUGCUUUCUAAUAGCUGACUAUUUUGUAUGUCCUAUGAGCACAUACUGAAGGAUAACCUCUGUAACAAUGUGUAAUGCAAAGCUUUUAACAUAGACCUUUGUUAUUGAACAGAGUUGCACAGUCUUAGAGAAGAUUUUCUGUUUUCCUCUCAGUGCUUUCGAUGUCCUGUAACGCUCUCUUUUAAUCCAGGCUAUGUAGACAAUAAACCGUGCAUGCAUGUGACGCUUCGAUAGUUUAUCUUAACCGCCCGCCAUGCCAGUAUGGCACGACUCUACUAUAGACUUGUGACUUUUUGUGUUCAUAUUUACUGUAAUCAUUGAAUAGAAUGUGUAAUGAUGAAUGACAUUAUCCUCAUGAUUUACAGGAAGGACUCUCAAUGAAAAAGCCAUUCAAUCAAUAUCUGUGCUGGUUCAAACUGAAGGUAUAUCACAUGGAAUAUGAUAUGAAUUUCAACCUGUAUUGUUUUCUUUUUACUGGUCUGUUUAUUUUCAAUGAAAUGAUACUUACGACAUGAUGAAUAAAGUGUUUUCAUUGUACAUAAAUAA